AGACCUACACGUCACUACUACUAAACGUACCCUAAACACAAACCUUCAGGGAGAAAGUAAACAUGAGUAUCGCAUUUAAAAAAGUUAAGAGCAAAAAUAUCCGCCGGAGGAUCAGUGAUGAGGAUAAUGACGAUAACGGGGGAGAAGAUGAAAGCCUGAUGGCUAAAGUUGAAGAGAGCAAGGAGUUGAGAAAGUACCGUCGUCGUCAUGGAGGAAUAACGGCCGAGGACCUCUUAGUAGGAGAGAAAGUUAAUAAAAAGGAGAAUGCAGCAGAUGAUCCAUUCAAGUUAAAGUGUGGAGGAAUGCUGGAUUUAAACUUGAUAAAGAAUGCCAAAAAAGGAGAUGAUGCAUACGAUACUGGCAUUGGUACCUCAUUUUCAGCAGAAACUAAUAGGCGAGAUGAAGAUGCUGAAAUGCAAAAGUAUAUUGAAGAAAAUUUAGCCAAGCGCAAAGGUUUAACAUCAGAAGAAAACCAGGAUGAUCAGCCUCGUCAUCAGACACUUGAGGAGGCUGCAUUGCAUGCAGUUCCAGACAUACUGAGAGAGUCGUCUACAAAACGAAGUGAAGAAAUGUUAAGCAACCAGAUGUUGAGUGGUAUCCCAGAAGUGGAUCUUGGCUUAGAGGCAAAAAUCCGCAACAUUGAGGCGACUGAGGAAGCAAAGCAGAAGCUACUAAGGGAAAGUAUGAUGAAGAAGGAACGCCCUUCAGAAUUUGUCCCUAAAAAUAUGGCUGUCAAUUUUGUCCAGCAUAACAGAUUUAACUUGGAAGAUGCUGGUCCAGCCAAGAAAAAGGAGAAGAUUGAGGAAAUAGUGGAGCCUGUUGUGGGUGGUGGAGUGAAAAUAUCUACUGUAGCACCAAAAAGACCUCACGGAGAAAAAGCCACAGAUGAUUUCCAUUAUGAAAAGUUCAAGAAACAGUUUCGGAGACAUUAGUGCUAUUGCUGGGGUUUUUAGAAGUGAUGUACUACAUUACUGUGCUCAAAAGUACAAACCUUGUUCUGCAUAUUUGCUAUACUGCCCGGUACGAUGUGGUUUUAGAUAUGAGUUGAAUCAUCAGUGGACAAAAGAGGUUUUGAGUUGUCCCCUCGGGUGAGUAUUUGUGUCUGGAGGAAGUCCCCAUAUUCAGUGUCAUGAAUGUUCAUUGUUGUCUUGGAUAUUAUAUGAUGCAGGCAUAUGUUUUAGUAAUGCCCUUUCUUCUUUUUGUCUCUUCAGUUUGACAUUGGGAGCUCUCAUUGCAAUAGGCGUCAAAAUAUACCAAGGAGAGUUUUGGGGCAUUUUUCCAUAAGUCAGAAAUUUACUAGACUAUCAGUCAGACUAUACAGAACGCAUUUAAUCAGCUAAAGGACUGUGAGCAGAUCUUCAAUCUAAUAGAUGAUGCUAUAAAAGCAGACAUUAAUACUCAAUGUUUCAACUUAGAAAAUAAUGCAUCAGAGGAUCAGCAACACAUGGAAGUGUCAAAGAAGGCCAAAGAAUGAAGACUGAGGUGAUUUGGGCAUCAGAUGAGUAGGGGUGGGGGGGUAUAAUGCGUGGCAUCUUGGAGGAGAGGGAGGCCUAAGAUGGAGGGACUGCAUUUGAAAGGACUUGAAAAAUGCACACUAAAAGCAGUGACACUAAGUAGGUACUAAGCUACGAAGUUGACUCACCUAAGAGGACUCCUGACUCUUUGUCCAUUGAUGACUUUGCCACUUUUGGCAAACACGGUGCCAUACCGGGCAGUAUGUAUAGCAAGUCAAAUAAGAGGUUUGUAUUUAUGGAAUGUAAAUUUAUUUUAUAUACUGAAUGACCUCUGUAGGUUCAUUGUAGCUGACUUUAAUUUAAAAAAGUAAUACAAUGCAGUCCUUACAUCAAACUGGAUGUGCUUUCUUUCACUGUCAGUGUAAUAGAAAAUGAGAGUACGUAUAUCAACUUCUUAUCAUAGGAUUAUCAUGAUCAUUCCUUUGUCAUGUAUCACAUCUUUUAUUGCUUCCUGUAAAUAGGUUAUUAUUAACUUAAGAGAAAAUUUUGACUGUUUGAAGUGUGAUUCACGUCACUGCAAACUAAGUAACGGAGAAGAAAGGACCUGGGGUUGAAGUCUCUGGGACAGAGCCAGAAAGGCUAGAGUACCGAUGACAAGACCUGGAGGAGGCAUCUUAUAUGGUAAGCUUAUGCUGAGUAAUGCUUGAGUAGUGAUGUUUGAUGGAGCCAUUUGCUACUACCACAAAAAACUCAUUUAAAAGUUAUUUUGUGUGUUCAGCAUAUGAGUCAGAUUUCAUAUAUCAAUCAGUUUUGUGAGAUCACACCUGACUUGGGUGAUGUUUACCUAGACAUACUGCAUUAAGCAUUACGCCUGUGGUCAGAAAAUUGACAGAAAAUGUAAUUUUUAAAAACAAAUUGUAUGUUUUGUGGAUGCAGACCAGUGUCUAACACCAGCUGUUGACAUAAGUAAGGCAGUGGUAUGCAAAUAUUCAUGCCAUAUAUUGCCUGUAGUUUAAGAAUGAUUUAGAAGCAUUUAUAAUUAUUUACAGCUUUCCAGUUGAUCUGUUUUAUUCUUUCAGUUUGCAUAGUGUGUAAUGAUUUUGUGUACAACAUUUUUAUAAAAUGACAACAUAUCCAGUGCAUAUAAGUAGUGCUGUUCAAGUGCAAUACAAGAACACGGCCAGGAGUUGCCUGUGCAUUUUACUAUAAAUAUUUUAGAUGACUGGAGUUGAUGUAAAUAAACAUUUUUGAAAAUGAUACCACCCACUUAUUCAGAUAUUUCCUUUUUACUCCUCAAAUGAAGAGUUGAUGGCGAGCUUUGUAUGUAUCUGGGAAGUGAAACUUAAAGGUGCAACCUGCAGGAAAGAUUUCUGGAUGGCAAUCGGAAAAUCCAGGAGGCUCAAGAGAAGGAAGUCAGAAGGAUUAGUUGCCUUAGUGAAUAUGGAAGACCGAAAGGUGCUGUUGGCUCUUUCUUUUAUACUUUGGUAUUCCGUGCUUAUUCGGGGCACUCAGAUUUCCACAAUUCAUACUACUGUACUCAUCUAACUUGCUAUCACUUCUUGAUUUUUAAACAAAAUGUCUAUUUUAUUGUCCCUAGACCUCUUAGAACCAACCAAAUGGUACAUCCAUGUUUAUUGACGGGCCCUUAAGUCAGGGUUGUCCACAGACUCAGAUUAUUCUUGAAGUUAUUCUUGUAGGGUUAAGGCUCCUGCAAGUUAUGAUUGCCUGACUGUAACUGACUAUUAGUUGAACCUUGUUGUCUGAGAAGAAACUUUAGGAUGAUGUUUGCUGGAUUUUCCAUAUGUGCUUUCACUUCGCUGGUGGGGUCAGCGACAGCAUAUCCUUUCUUCAGCCAACACAGUUGACUUGUACUAUAUUGGCAUGAUAGAUAUGGUCCAAUGAAUAGCCAGCAAAAUAAAACUAAGUCCCUACACCUACCUCAUUGCAGUGUGAAGAGGUCCUAGUCAACAGAACUAUGGCAGGCUCUUAGUUCUUGUGGCUUCACUGAGGAAAUUGUGAAUGGUAAUAUCAGGAUGGCGUCUAAAAAUACAGCUGUCGCAAAACUGGUUAACAUCAGAGGGAUCCUCAACUAUUUACUUCAUAUGGCAAUACUAGUUAGAAGGAUCAUGGGGACGGAAAGAGCACACUAAUGGAAGGUGCAUCUUCAUUUUGUCCUCAUGAAAUCUGAGUUUUCACAGAAGUAAUAUUCGAGGGCUGGAGCUCUUUGUUAGUGGCACCACAAUAUCUUAGAGGUGUUCUAAAGAAGAGGAAUUUCUAGCCCUCAGCGGUCUGGAACUUGUGUCAGCAGAGAGAGAUGUAUAGCAUCUGGAAGAUUUGGUGGAUGAAUAUAGUCACCUCAUGUGUUGGAUAACUCAGUGGUUGUGUUGUACAUCAGUAAUGUGAGAAGUAUGUACUUCAUUCUGCAUCUGAAGGUGUGCAAACAACACUGGCAACUGUGAUGCAUUCCUGUGGUCUGUGUUUGAAACAUAUCUCAAUCAACUACUCGUGUUGUCUGCCACUCCUAGUCCCUCGAGUAUGUUGAACUGAUUUCACAGCGCACAGAUGGGGCAUUCUUCAGUCAUACAAGUUUCCUUGUUCCUCUUUUCUGCAUCCAAAUGUUUGAAAACAACACCUGAAACGGAGGGGCAUCCGAAUGUUUAAAACAUCUUUAUCAAAGAUGUUCCAAACAUCUUUGAAAGAUGCUUGCCUUCUCUGGUCCCUCAGGCUAGGUAAACUGGUUUCUUUGUUCACAGAUGGGACAUUCUUCAGUCAUACAGGUUUCUGUGUUCCUGUUUUCUUAUGAAUUACAGGUAAAUGGUUGAAGGUUACACUCGCUGUACCUCUGUUCCAAGGUUUUUUCCAUUUUUAUAAAGGGAAGGUAAAUAACCACAAGUUUCGAAAAGGACUGACAAAUAUAUAAGUACAGUAUGUAAAGAUUUUAUAUGUAAGCAAAUUUAUUACUUUUCCUGUUUUUUUACAAAGAAUCUGGAGAAAGAAAAAUACCAUAUAUUAAAAAGCAUGUCAUACAUGCACUAAUACCAUAACUAAUGAUAUCAGGUUUUCAUUUGUGAUGAAUGUCAUGUUGUCCAAAGUUUACAUUGGAAUUAACUUAUGUAGAAGUAAAAAAUAAUAAAAUAGACGGGAAAAUGCAUUUUAAAAUGAGAAAAUACUUACAAGGGUGAAAAUGGAAUGUCACUUGAUAUGUUUCAUAACCUGGGUUCUUUUGAUUAAGUCAAAAUACUAUCAUAUCGGGCUACAGCACUUGAUGCCGAGUCAUCACAGGGGAGGGUAUAGGAACAUUUAUCUACAAGAGUAACUUCUAUCAAGAAGAAAAAAAAAGUUUCAGCAUCACUUGGGCCUACGCUUUAGUUCUCCCUAAGGAUAUCAGAUCACAAAAAAAAAAAAAAUCCUCUCGCAUCCAAACAUCUGGGCUGAGAAAUCAUGUCAUUUGUUGACUGAGUGCUUUAAAUGGCUUCUGUACAUGUUAGUCUUUGGAAGAUAUCUAACAGUUUGUGGCAUAAAUACAAAACCCUAAAAAAACAUGGGGUACUGAUACAAGUAACGACAAAAAAGUUACGACUAGAUGAGCACAUUGAUUUUGUGCAAAACUUAGUGGUUCACGGCUUUAGCUUUGGCACUUAAAGUAGAACAUGGGAAAAUUGUGCAUGAAGAAGAGAAGAGAACUAAUCUUCCAUUGUUUCCAGUAAUUACGUACAAUAUUAGGAACUUUUCCAAUUGACUAUUCUAAUUUUUAGUCAGCACUUUCCUCAAUUUACUCCUUAUUAUAGUUAAGCCUUCAUUCACUGAAGAGAUAUUUUUAUGACCAAAAUACCAUGUGCAUUUCCUUUAAAAAGUCCAUAUUUCAUGCCGCCAUGAAAAUGAUAUUUGGCUGUGCAUGAAUUGUGUUGUUGGAAAUAAGAAUUUGCAACGCAUCGAAUAUAACUGCCAACCGAUUUUUCAUUUUUCUUUUACCUACUGUACAUCUAAUAAUACUAUGAUUCGCAAAAGAAUGCAGAAUUCACCCUAACCUAAUGUAGGUAUUGUUGCAAUCUGACAAGUUCUUUGGAUUCAUGAUGUGUACGGAUAGUGAGGAAGUACUCUUGAGCUCGAUGUGGUUGCUGGAGAGGCAUCGGGAGGCGGAGAGCUGAGAGGGGAGACUAAAGGUGCAGCAUGGAGUGCCAGGGGUGGCGAUGUAGCCAGGGGCGAGGAAGUAGCCAGCGGAGAUGAAGUUGCCAACGGCGAUGACGUAGCGAGAGCGGCUGCUGACGAUACAGAUGAUACUGCUGCCCAGUAAGGCGGUGGAGACAAUAAGGGUGGUGGAGGGUGGGAUGCUGAAGAUGUGAAGGAACUGCUAGCAAGCGGGGAAGAACCACCCAGCAAGUGCGAGUAACUUGUGAGGAAACUGAGGUCUGGUGGGUAUCUCUGAGCUUCAGCGCUCUGUUGUUGUCGCACCUGGUCCAAACCUCGGAAGUCGAACUUGUAUGCGUAGCGUUUUCCGUGAACUUUUGUCAUGAUGUUUUUGUCAUAGUAAUAUCUGAAAUGAAAAAUUUUAUAAGUAAAUGAACACAAUGGAAAGAAAACACUUCUGGUCUUCUGAUGAUAAAACUAUAGUUAAUAAGAAUUAAUGGAUAUAAAAUAGAGAUUGUUGCUAUGACAGAAAGACCAGUUGAGAAUACCGUAUGUAUCUUAAGAGAUUGGUAUUAAAACAUUACACACUGCAUUUGGUUGGACUUAGGGAACUUCAAGAUGAAAGAAUUACCCAUGGAAUACCAGGAACAAGGAGUCCUUUGGAUAAAAAAAUUUAGAUUCGUACAUGACAAACACAUCAAUCAUAUUCGCCUAAUUUAGAGUAUUUACUUAUAAUUUUUUGGUCCUUCUACCAUUGUAGUAUAUCAUCAAAGUAUGUCGGGAACUAAUCCAAUUUAUUACCAAAAGAUCUAGCUUAGUAGAAAUUAGGAGGGAAGUUAGAGUUGAAUAUGUUGGACAGCAGAAAUGGGAGAAUGGAAAUUGGAACAGAGAAAAAAUAAAAGGUAAAAAGUGGAUGCUGCAGGAGUCCAUUUGUAAGGCCUAUGGUGUGCUAUGUGAGGCAAACUGUAGGCACUAAACAUAGACAACCCCCACCCCCUUUGUGGAGAAUAUUAGGUGUAUUUUCUCAGAAGAAUAACAAAAACCAGGUAUCUUUUUUGAAGCCUUAGCAAACUGUAACAUGUAUACAGUAUUUUUGUAAAUAAUUAAUGAAAAGUAAAGGGAAGUAGUAUACGUACGUAUUGUAUAAUCAAACUUCACAUUUUACCUUUACUUAACUAAUAGAUACAUGUAUGUGUACCUUUGAGCCAUUAUGAAUCACUUUCAAUAUUUAUGUGACAAUUACAAUCCAUUCUGGAAUUAUGUAUGCUUUGUAGUCAUUCCAAAACAAAUAAACAUUUAAUAAGAA